UAUAAUGUAUCAUAAAUAUGCAAAUACAGAGAUGCAGAUAACAUCUCUGCAAGAGAAACAGGAUGCCGUUGAAGGUGGUUAUUAGAGCUUGAGGCUAUGCAUUUGGCCCAUUGUUUAAACUGUGAGUUACAGGAAGAGUUAAGCACAGCCUGCAGGCAUCCGCCCUUCUAGGAGUCGACAGAGACCUUGUAAAAUUAUCAAAUGGUGCACAGCUUAUGCAGCCCCUCAAAGUGGAAAUAACAGUGAUUUCUGAUUUAGAAAAAUCUCGGGAGUCAUAAGAGAUUUGACAUGGUUUGCAUAAACUGCAUUUCAUCUGGAGAAGUGAGAGGCAUCAUAUUUCAGCGUCAAGUCAACUCACAGCUUCACUCUAAAUGGACAAAGACUCUCAGCUGUACUUAAAGUUGCUGCUGACGUGGCACUGAACAGACUCAAACUGGAGGCUUUCCAAAGCUGCUUUAAGGGCUGACCCAGGCUUCUGCAGCUGCAUUUGGAGACAGACAGGAUGUGGAUGACUAGAGUUGUUGGUCUUUGUCUGAUGGCCUUUGUGGCCUCUGCAGAGGACAAGAAGCUGAGCAGCCAUGCUAACACACUGGCUGAAAACAGCGCCAACUUAGCCUUCAGCCUCUACCACACCAUGGCAAAGGACAAAGACACAGAGAACAUAGUUGUCUCUCCUGUGGUGGUGGCCUCUUCUCUGGGGAUGGUGGCUCUUGGUGGCAAGUCCUCCACUGCCUCCCAGGUGAAAACUGUGCUCAGUGCUGACAAACUCAAGGAUGAGCAUCUACAUGCAGGCCUGUCUGAGCUCAUCUCUGAGGUAAGCAACGCCAAAACCCGCAACACUACCUGGAAAAUCAACAACCGUCUUUAUGGCCCCAGCUCCAUCUCCUUCGCUGAUGACUUUGUGAAGAACAGCAAGAAGCACUACAACUACGACCAUUCGAAAAUUAACUUCAGGGACAAGAGGAGCGCAGUGAACUCCAUCAAUGAGUGGGCGGCCAAGUCAACUGACGGCAAACUCCCAGAGAUCACCAAGGAUGUUCAAAACCCUGAUGGAGCCAUGAUUGUCAAUGCCAUGUUCUUUAAGCCUCACUGGGAUGAGAGAUUCCAUGAUAAGAUGGUUGACAACCGUGGUUUCCUUGUAACCCGCUCAUUUACAGUUGGAGUUCCCAUGAUGCAUCGCACAGGUCUUUAUGAUUUCUAUGAAGAUACAGAGAACCGCCUCUUCGUGCUAAACAUGCCUCUGGGCCAGAAGCAGGCCUCCAUGAUCCUAAUCAUGCCCUACCAUCUGGAGCCCCUGGAACGCCUGGAAAAACUUCUGACAAGGAAGCAGGUGGACACUUGGAUUAGCAAGAUGGAGAACCGAGCUGUUGCCAUUUCGCUGCCUAAAAUCUCUGUAGAAGUCAGCCACAACCUGCAGAAAUAUCUGGCUGAGCUCGGCUUGACUGAAGCUGUGGACAAAUCCAAAGCUGACCUAUCCAACAUCUCAGGAAAGAAAGACCUCUAUCUCUCUAACGUAUUCCAUGCUUCAGCCCUGGAGCUGGAUGUCGAGGGAAACCCGUACGACACCAGCGUCUUCGGCACAGACAAGCUGAGAAACCCCAAGCUUUUCUACGUAGAUCACCCUUUCAUUUUCUUGGUGAAAGACAACAAGACCAACUCCAUCCUGUACAUCGGCAGAGUGGUUAGACCCAAAGGCGAAAAGAUGCGUGAUGAGCUAUAAUACAGAUGUUAUCAAUUGUGUCUGGUAGCUUCAUUUGUGAAACUAUGGCAGGAAACGGUAUGAGUGUGUGUCUUUUAGUGACUGUUACCUCAAGAGCACAUUCCAAAUGACAAUCUGUGGUCUGUAUAUCUGAGCAUACUGUUCUUAGACACACUAAACCAUUGAAAGAAACAAUCUGUCACAAAUACUUUAAGCAAGAAAACUGCAUAUGUACCUUUUUUAGAUUUCCAUGAACAAAAAGCAGUUGGCAAAAACAGAAGGCAUACUUAUAUUAAGUAUGAUCUACUUUUACAUCCCGUUUUUGUCACUGUUGGUUCGACCACAAUCCAUGUGCGUUUUCUUGCAUUAUCUUUAAUGUUUAAAGAAAAAAGAUCUUUGCACAAGCUCAUCCCACAGAUGCCAUUCCUUUAUUUACUUCCAGUUUGCACUGAGCUGUUCCUCUGCUUGUGCUGAGCUUGCAGAGGAAAAGUGGCAAAUGUGUCUGGUGCUUGAUUCAUGUUCACGUCCCAAUCAUGUUGUGUCAUCUUGUUGCUGUAGGUAUUUUUCACAAAGAAGCUGUUGGAAUUGUGUAAUGUUAUUAAAUUUGAUUUUCUUUUUUUUUCAAUAAAAGUAAGAAAAGAUUA